AUAAGCACGCGGGAGAGCUAGUCCGUUUCAGGAAUUAAGUAAACAUUGGACUCUUCGAUCCGCAGCACAUUCACAAGAUCUUUGGUCUAAUUUCGAUGCUGUUACCUGAACUACUGUACACAUGCGCGAACUGAAAUUGUAUCUCCCAAGUUAAAACAAAACAGUCAGCCAUCAGACAACUGCACCAUCAGUCAAAAAUGGACGCCUCGGAAGCCGAGCGCGUCCUCGACGCCGUGGAGAAACUCGAGUCCCGCCACGGCAUUUCGAUCAUCAAGCUCAGCGAGCCCAUAUCCAGCACCCUGUCGCAACCCUCAGACCCUACAAGCGAGAACAGCAGCAGCAGCAGCAACACCAACAACGCCGAACUCCGCACCUCCGACGUCUCCAACACGUCCCUCGGCGCGCCCACGCCCGCCAGCCUCGAGGCCGACCUGGCGCACUACCGGGAGCUGUUCGCCAAGCUGCGCUUCAGCUACGUCGAGCAGGUGACCAAGGAGAAGUUCAUCCGCGCCAUCGUCGGCGACCCGCCCGUGAUCGUCGCGCCGCACGAGAACGCCGCCCUCGAGGCCAGCAACGCCGCCUCCAAGGCCGCCCUCAAGGCCCUCAAGAACGACGUCGCCGACGUCACCGCCGACCUCGCCGCCCGCGGCAGAGACCUCAGCCGGCGCUACGAGGCCCGCCGCGCCGGCGCGGCCACCCUGCGAGACAUGCCAGCCCGCCUGGCGGGCCUGGAGGACGAGGUGGACCGCCUGCGCGCGGAGCAGGAGCGGGAGACCGGCGGCGGCGGGGCGGGGCGGCCGGAACUGCGCCUGCCGCUGGCGGCGACGCUGGACCUGGUGGAGGAGCGCAGGGCGCGGCGGGCAGCGCUGGACAGGCAGCUCGAGCAGCUGGCCGCGCAGGUGCCGCGGAAGAGGAAGGAGGCCGAGCGCCUCCGGGCGGAGCUGCAGCCGCUCGAGGCGAGGAGGCUGAACAGCGCGGCGGCGGCGGGCGAGGCGAGGAAGAGGAAGGAGGCGGCGCUGGGAGGGGCGGGAGACGACCUCGAGGAGAGGGGCCGGUGGUGGAGGGCUUCGGAGACGGUGCUGAAGAGGAUGCUCGAGGUAUAGGGGUUGGAUACCUUUUUCUCUCUCAUAUUAUCCUUCCUUUGCACGGUGUGUUGGCGUUCUGGGGUAAUGGGGCUGGCGGGAAAGGAGACCUAGGAGAGGCCAUCCGUGGGAGGCCAUCCAUGGGAGGCACAUUUGGCAAGAGCAAUUGGAAGCGAGGCUCGAUGUGUGUGUCAAGGCAUUCCCCGUCUAU